UACGUUACCAAGUUACAAAUUACAAGAAGUAAGUCACAUCCAUGUAGUUAUAGUGAUUGCGUUUGUGACUUUGUAACUUGGUCUCGUGGUAUGGAGAGGGUAUAGCUUCAAAGGACUCGUCUCUCGGUUCCUCAGGCUCUGAUAGGCUAUAGGAUUUGCUGGCGGUGAUUACAAAUCACAAGCAUUUAUCAUGGUCCUUUUCCCAUCUUUUGUGAAUGGAUUGGUAAGAACUGUGUCAAUCAAGAAAGAGAAGAAUUGUCAAAAGGAGGAUGGAAGAAAAGCUGUGGAAGAAUUGGCAAAGGAAGCAAGGAAGAAUGAAUUGCUAUUGAGUUCAUCUGGAGUUGUGAAGUCAACCAAGGCCAACAAUUUUGUUUCUGUGUUCACUAAUAGGGGCCAGAAAGGAGUCAAUCAGGAUCGUCUUCUUGUUUGGGAGGAAUUUGGUUGCCAACAAGACAUGAUGUUCUGUGGAGUUUUUGAUGGGCAUGGUCCAUGGGGACACUUUGUAGCCAAAAGGGUUAGGAAGUUAGUACCAGCCGUUUUGCUAUGCAAUUGGCAGGAAAAUCUGGCUGCAACAUCACUUGACCUGGAUUUUAAAAUGGAAGCUGACAAAAAUAUCCAUGGAUUGGACAUAUGGAAACAAUCUUACAUAAAGACUUGUGCUGCCGUUGAUCAGGAUCUGAAGCAGCACACUGGGAUUGAUUCCUUCCUAAGUGGCUCUACAGCAUUGACAAUUAUCAAACAGGGUGAAUAUCUUACUAUAGCAAACAUAGGUGAUUGUAGGGCUGUCUUGGCAACUACUUCAGAUGAUGGCAUAUUAACUCCACAUCAGCUUACCACUGACUUCAAGCCAAAUUUACCUCAGGAGGCAGAACGCAUAACACAAUCCAGAGGGAGGGUAUUUUGUAUGGAAGAUGAACCAGGAGUGUACAGGGUCUGGAUGCCAAAUGGUAAAACACCAGGACUAGCAAUAUCUAGAGCUUUUGGAGACCACUGCAUGAAGGACUUUGGACUAAUCUCCGUGCCUGAUGUCACACACAGAAAAAUUACCACCAGGGAUCAAUUUGUCAUCUUGGCAACAGAUGGGGUAUGGGAUGUUAUAUCCAACCAGGAAGCAGUGAAGAUUGUUUCAGCAACGUCACAUAAAGAAAAAGCUGCUCAAAGGCUUGUGAAAUGUGCCAUACAUGAAUGGAAACGGAAAAAAAGUGGCAUUGCGAUGGAUGAUAUGUCAGCUAUUUGCCUCUUCUUUCACUCUUCCCCCUCUCAUCAACUCCCCCCAGCCAUCAAAAUUGUUGAUUAAGAAUGUUGGGUGGUUAAACAGUUCAUUACAGCUUCCUUGUAAGUUGUAACACAGAAAUACAUAUAGACUUGUAUAUAAACUUAUCAAUUAAAAUGACAUUUGUGGUUAAGUGUAUAAGACUGUAAAAUCUAUCUUCGUUACCAUAGAGGCACAAGCAUUUUGUGUGUAUAGAGAACUUUUUUUGACUAA